AGUUAAUUUUUUUGUUCGUAGCUUUGUACAUAAAGAUCUAGAAUAGAUUCUUUCGUAAGCUAAAAACAAAAAUAACUUAAAAAAAAAUCGAAAACAGAAAAUAUACUAAGAAAAACAACAACACCAACGCGUUAAACAUAGACUAGAUCUAGAUCUAAUUUUAAAAGAUCUUUAUAUAGAUCAAGAUCUAAUAUUGGCUAGAAAUAGAAAGUAGAGAUAGAUCUAGGUCUAGAUCUAAAGCAUUUAUGAAGAACGUGAUAGGAUCCAAUUAGGAUAUAAAGAUUGAACAUGUUUCCAUUUAUAACUAACUGUGGGAAACGGCAUCGAGGCCAAGGCAUUCGGAUGUCAAGUAGUAGCGGGUCACCUCCUGAAAAAAGAGCACGCCUUGCUGUAAAUUCAGUAGACAGUUCAGAAACUAUUCUAAAUACAAAUAACAUAAAUAUGGAGGGUGUCAAAAAUGGUUCUUCUGAUGACAUUGAUGAAAGUUUGUAUUCCAGACAAUUAUAUGUGCUUGGCCAUGAAGCAAUGCGUAAAAUGGCCAAUUCUAAUGUCCUUGUGUCAGGCUUAGGAGGACUGGGUGUUGAAAUAGCCAAAAAUGUUGUCCUUGGUGGUGUCAAGUCUGUGACCAUACAAGACACACUAGCUACAACAUGGUCUGACCUCUCUUCUCAGUUUUUUUUGAGAGAAGAUGAUGUUGGCAAAAACCGAGCUGAAGUAACAUUACCAAGAUUGUCAGAACUCAAUUCCUAUGUAAGAGUUUCAAGCUCCACUGAACCACUCACUGAAGACUUUUUAAAACAGUUUCAGGUUGUGGUUUUAACAAAUAGCAGUCUUGAGGAGCAAUUACGUUUUGGAGAGUUUUGCCAUUCUAACAAUAUCAAAUUUAUAAGUGCAUCUACUUAUGGUCUGUUUGGACAUGUAUUUUGUGAUUUUGGAAAGAAUUUUGUGGUGACUGAUGUUGAUGGCGAGCAACCUUUGUCAAGUAUGAUUGCUGAUAUUGAAAAGAGUGAGGAUGGAGUCGUUGCUAGUCUAGAUGAAACUCGUCAUGGUUUUAAUGAUGAUGAUUAUGUUACAUUUUCUGAAGUUCAGGGAAUGACAGAACUUAAUGGGUGCAAUCCAAUCAAAAUCAAAGUCCUAGGUCCAUAUACUUUUAGUAUAGGUGAUACUAGAAAAUUUUCUGCUUAUGAAAGAGGUGGUAUAGCAACAACAGUAAAAAUGCCAAAAACCUUUAAUUUUAAAUCCAUUUCAGCUUCUAUGGAGCAACCAGAAUUUUUGCUUUCAGACUUUGCCAAAUUUGACAGACCUGCAAUUUUACAUAUUGCAUUCCAGGCACUCCAUCAUUUUAAACAAAAAAUUGGUCAUUUGCCUAAACCUCGUUGCAAGGCUGAUGCUGAGACUUUCAUUAGUCUUUUCAAAGAGGUCAAUGACAAAUCCAGUGCCAAAGUGACAGAUUAUAAUGAAGAGUUGCUGCAGGAAUUUGCUUAUUCCUCACAGGGAAACAUUUGCCCAGUGCAGGCCUUUAUUGGAGGUGUAGCAGCACAGGAAGUCAUGAAGGCAUGCAGUGGCAAAUUUUCACCUCUGAUGCAACAUUUGUACUUUGAUGCUUUGGAAUGUCUACCGAAAAACAAAACCACUCUCACAGAACAAACCUGCGCUCCUAAAAAUUGCCGUUAUGAUGGAGAAAUUGUAGUCUUUGGAGACACUUUCGUUGAUAAAUUACAGAAUCUUCGCUACUUUUUAGUUGGUGCUGGAGCUAUUGGCUGUGAAAUGUUAAAGAACUGGGCCAUGAUGGGUGUUGGUACUGGAGAGAGAGGUCAAAUUUUUAUUACUGACAUGGAUCGCAUUGAAAAAUCCAACUUAAACAGGCAGUUUCUGUUUAGAACUUGGGAUGUUGAAAAACCCAAGUCUAUCACGGCAGCCAAUGCAGCAAGAGCUAUGAAUCCAAACAUUAAGAUUGAUGCCCGUGAAGACAGAGUUGGACCAGAGACAGAAAGCAUUUUUACUGACAAUUUCUUUGAGAGUCUGGAUGGUGUGGCCAAUGCAUUGGACAAUGUGGAUGCCAGAAUGUACAUGGAUAGGCGCUGUGUUUACUACUGUAAGCCCCUACUAGAAUCUGGCACUUUAGGUACCAAAGGCAAUGUUCAAGUUGUCAUCCCUCAUGUAACAGAAUCCUACUCCUCCUCACAAGAUCCACCAGAGAAAAGUAUACCUGUGUGUACUGUGAAGAACUUCCCAAAUGCCAUUGAGCAUACAUUGCAGUGGGCAAGAGAAGAAUUUGAAAAAGAAUUUCAUGACGAUGCUGAAACAGCUAUACAGUUUUUGACAGAUCCUAAAUUUUUGGAAAGAACCCUGAAAUUACAAGGCUCUCAACCUAGUGAUAUCCUUGAAUCUGUCAAACGUGUUGUUGUGGAUGACAGACCUCAAAACUUUGAUGAUUGUGUCAAAUUAGCUCGAUAUGCAUUUGCUAAAAACUACACCAACAGAAUAAAACAACUGUUGUUUAAUUUUCCACCAGAUCAGAAAACCAGUACUGGUGCCCCAUUUUGGUCAGGUCCAAAACGGUGCCCUACUCCGCUAGAAUUUGAUUCCUCAAAGGAAAGUCACCUUGACUACAUUGUAGCAGUGGCUAACUUGAAAGCUCAUAUGUAUGGACUACCUCAACAAAGAGACAGACAGCAGAUCAAAGAGAUGGUUGAUAAAAUCUCAGUACCAGAGUUUGUCCCCAAAUCUGGUGUGAAAAUUGAAGUAACAGAUAGUGAAGUAGCCUCUUCCUCCAAUACAGACUCAAUGGCCAAUGAGUUAGAUCUUAUCCAGAAAUGCCUUCCAGACCCCAGCACUCUUUCAGGGUUAAAGAUUACUUCACUAGAGUUUGAAAAAGAUGACGAUUCCAACUUUCAUAUGGACUUUAUUGUAGCAGCUUCAAAUCUCCGAGCUAACAAUUACAGUAUACCUGAGGCAGAUAGACAUAAGAGUAAGCUCAUAGCUGGUCGAAUCAUCCCAGCUAUUGCAACAACAACAAGCAUGAUUGUUGGAUUGGUGUGCUUAGAACUAAUUAAGCUGACCCAGGGCCAUACAGAAAUAGAAUUGUACAAGAAUGGCUUUGCUAAUCUUGCAUUACCAUUUUUUGCUUUUUCUGAACCCAUCCCUCCAGCCAAGAACAAGUAUUAUGAUACAGAGUUCACCUUAUGGGAUAGAUUUGAAGUUCAAGGAGAAAUGACUCUACAAGAAUUUCUAGAUUAUUUCCAGAGGCAGUACAAGCUGGAAAUUUCCAUGUUGUCUCAAAAUGUCUGCAUGCUUUACUCUUUCUUUAUGCCGCCAGCUAAACGGCAAGAAAGAUUGGAUUUACCGUUGUCUGAAGUUGUUAAAAAAGUUUCCAAGAAGAAAAUACCUCCCUACGUGAAAGCUCUAGUUUUAGAAAUCUGCUGUAAUGACGAGAAUGGUGAAGAUGUGGAGGUGCCUUAUGUCAAAUACAAUCUCCCCAAAUAGUCAUCCAGCCAUUUGUACAAUUUGUCAUGAUCCAACUAGUUUGUUAUACUUAUAAACAAAACUUGAGGUUUAAACACACACAAAAUAAAUCUCACAUUUUUUUUUUCAUACUGUGCUUUUUGUUCUAAGAAAUGUUCAUUUUGUUCUUCGACCGCCAUCAUUUUGUUGCUUUUGUUCAUUUUGUGGCCAUGCAGUUCCAUGAUUGAUGUUGGCCUGUAGUCUAGUGCUCAUAAAUGAUGCAUUUAUUCAAGUUCAGUGUCCUGAAAGUUUUGACAAAUGUUCUUAAUUUCUGAAAAACAUUAUUUAUGAUUAAAUGGUGGUGCCCUCUUGUUGACUUGUAAAUGUUGUCCUCCGAGACUUUUCAUUGUUUUGAAUGUGAACCUUGAGUGCAUGAUCUCACUUUGACAUUCAAGACAAAUAAAUGUACUGACACACAA